AUGACCCUUAAGGGUGGCACGAGCCAAGCUUGCGCCGCGUGCAAAUACCAGAGGAGGAAGUGCACUUCAGACUGCCCACUCGCGCCAUAUUUCCCACCUGACCAACCUAAAAUGUUCCAAAAUGCACACAGACUCUUUGGUGUAAGCAACAUAUUGAAAAUACUAAAGCAUAUCGAUCCGAGCCAGAAGUUGGAGGCCAUGAGGUCCAUCAUAUGCCAAGCCAACAUUCGUGAUAGGUUCCCGGUCCACGGAUGCUGGGGGAUAAUCUGUCAACUCCAUUACCAAAUUCGACAAACUGAAGAAGAACUUCAAGCUGUUCACACACAGCUCGUGCUCUAUCGGCAACACCAGCAAGACAUGUCGUCGACGAUGAAUAAUGAUUCUACGUCACAGCUGCAACUAGGGAUGGCACCACCGAGUAAUGUACUUCCGCUUUUCCAUCAAGAUGCUCCUCAGCCUUACAAUGUCGGGUCUGCGUUACCUGUUGCAGCAUCACAAUUUUCGUACUCAAAUGCCAAUAAUGUUGCAUACAAUUCGGGAUUUAUCGACACUAAGGACAACAAUGCAGGCAAUAAUGCUUUCUGGAUUCAACAUCCGUAUGGCAAUGGAAACAAUAGCAAUAACAAUCAGCUUACAAUGCAAUCUCAAAUGGCUGCUUCACAGUCACUAACUGUCCAACAAGAAGCUGCUCAAGAUUAUGAUGAGAUGCAUCCGUUCUUUGAUACUAUUGAUGACAGACAAUCAUAUAUUGAUUCCAAGGAGGCAUACGAGUCGAGCUCGGAAUCAUCACUGAAAGAUACGACACAGUCCAUAGAGCACGUUGCACAGAAUGAAUUGAAGAGUGCCGCUGCAUGCUUCAGUCUGACAAGCGUCGAUCAAAUAGCCUAAGAAAAGUAAGGAGAAGAGUUGC